AUGGCCUCCAAUAACCCGCAACCCAAGCGACCUCCAACCAAUUUCUUUCCUGCAACACCCAAGUGGGCCGCAAUUGUAGAGGCUGGAGCAUCCCGGAGUCACCGUCAUCAACAAUUCCAGGAGGGAAACAACUCGACGGCAAUAUUAGGGCCCCAGAGAUUCCACAGGGCUGAUAGCGGGAACAAAGGGGCGCGCUCUUCUAAGGUCCCCAUUUUGAAUGAAGACCCAUGGGCUGACUAUGGGAAGGGCAUCGAAAUUUUCCCCAAGCGGCAUAUUUUUCUCGCCAGGCACCGUGAGAACAAUGAGGAGCUGGUCCAUGUGCAGCAGCUCGAGGAGGUCGUGUUUCCGCGUGGAAACACAACCCCUCCUCAAUACAAUCACCUGUCUCUCGCAUCGUAG